AUAUAUAAUUAAAUUCUCUAACCUUGAUAAUAGUUAUAGCACAUACCAAUUGCUCAUCUUCUAAGAGGCCACUAGUUCGUUGUUUCUUUUCUACCGAGUCAAUUCAGCAUCUUCAUUUUCACUUCGUCUUCCUCCCUCUCCAUCAGAAGUUAUAUUAAAACGGCACAAGAUUGAAAGGAAGGAAGAAAAAUGGUGUUUGGUCAAGUAGUAGUUGGUCCUCCUGGCUCUGGGAAAACAACUUACUGUAAUGGCAUGUCUCAGUUCCUCAAUCUAAUUGGAAGGAAGGUUGCUAUUGUCAACUUGGAUCCAGCUAAUGAUUCAUUACCAUAUGACUGUGCUGUGAACAUUGAGGAUCUUGUGAAACUUAGUGAUGUCAUGAUAGAACAUUCUCUUGGUCCCAAUGGAGGUCUUGUAUACUGUAUGGAUUAUCUAGAGAAGAAUAUUGACUGGUUGGAAGAAAGAUUGAAACCUCUUCUGAAAGAUCAUUAUUUACUCUUUGAUUUUCCUGGCCAAGUGGAACUAUUUUUUCUUCAUUCAAAUGCCAAGAAUGUCAUCAUGAAACUCAUAAAGAAAUUAAACUUACAGUUAACGGCUGUGCAUUUGGUUGAUGCCCAUCUUUGCAGUGACCCUGGGAAGUACAUCAGUGCAUUGCUUCUAACCUUAUCGACAAUGCUACAUCUAGAACUCCCCCACAUAAAUGUCUUGUCAAAAAUUGAUUUAAUUGAGAGCUAUGGAAAGCUAGCCUUCAACCUUGACUUUUAUACAGACGUGCAAGAUUUGUCGUAUUUGCAACACCAUCUCGAUAAAGAUCCUCGCUCUGCUAAGUACAGAAAGCUCACAAAGGAAUUGUGUGACGUCGUUGAACACUUUAGUCUUGUGAACUUUACAACCUUAGAUAUUCAGGACAAAGAGAGUGUAGGGAAUUUAGUGAAGCUGAUAGACAAAACCAACGGGUACAUAUUUGCUGGCAUAGAUGCAAGUGCAGUUGAGUUUAGCAAGAUUGCUAUGGGAACUCCUGAUUGGGAUUAUUAUAGAGUGGCAGCUGUGCAAGAGAAGUACAUGAAGGAUGAUGAAAGUAUUGAUGAUGAUUGAUGGGGAAAUGCCGAUUAUUCUCUUGCAGCAUUGCAAGAUGCAAGCAAGCUAUUAUGACAGUUUAUGUAUUUCUCAUCCUUAUGGUGUUAAAGAUUUUGAGAAGAUGGGGAAGCAGCAGUUCAGUUAGUUUCUGUAUUAGAUUUGACUAAGUUUGUAUAGAGUCCUUCCUCCUCUAGUGUAGUGUAAUUGUAAAUUUUUGUGUUUGAGAGCCUUGCAACGUGUCAUGGUUUUGACAAUUAUUUUAUCAACAGUGUAGCACAAGUGCUAUAUUUUUUUGGAUUCUUGAGCAUUUGGUUGGGUGUUUGGUUUCUGGUUAUAUGAAAAAAAUAUCUUUAACAGAGGUUAACACUAUAAAACAAAUCUUUUAAAUGUUUUGUAAUA